AUGAAUGGUAAUUCAAAGCCAUUGACUCUUUCGAUUAGUAAUUAUCAUUACAAUAAAACGAAUCAAUCAUUGAAUUCAGACGAUGACUUCGAAUGUGUUAAAGUCGAGGUGAGAAGCAAAUUCAAUUCGAAUUGGCAUGAAUUACGUCAGAUAUCUGAUCUGGAUAAUAGUUGUCCUAAUCAAACAACUGUCAGUUUAAUGAGAUGCAAAAAACAAAUUAUCCAUCCUUUUCGUAAUUUAUUAUGUUUGAUUGGAUGGAGACCCAUUGGUGUUGAUAGUUUUAAACGUUCAUCAAUUCUAUUGAAGAUACUCAAUAUUAUUUAUCCAAUAUUUAUUUUAAUUUUGUUACUAUUUAAUUAUGUAUAUGAAAUCAUUGUUUGUCAAGGAAAACUCAAUAUUGUCACAGAUACAAAAACCACGACGACUACGACAAGUACAUCUACAUUGUCUCCUAGAGAAAAUUUUACGAUGGUGAAUUGGAGUUCAUUGGUACCUCCGAAACCGAUUCAUAUUGUGAAUACGAGUACUUUAAAUACACCCGUCUGCGGACACAUCUUCACUACGUAUAUUCUACCUGAUGUACUGCACGUUGUUGCGUUUGUUAUCGGCUUUGUGUAUUUUCGUAUCACGGAGGGCGAACCGAUGUAUUCGCUAAUGGAAAAAGUGUUCAUCUGCACUGAUCAAAAUAUGCGUAAAUUCAGUCCAAAUCGAGUCAUUCGCAGACUAAAAAUCUUUCUGUUGAUUGGAAGUAUAUGGGUAGUUGCAUCGGUUGCUACACAUGCACUUUCAAAUGCAAUGAAUGAUUUUGCUCAUCCAUUGAUAUUCAAUCGGCAAUUUCAAAAGCAGAGAACUUCAGUUAAAUAUAGUUUAUUCGUUCUUGAUAUUUUAUGCUUACUGGUGUCUAAUUGUAUUCAUUUGGCUAUCUCAAUGAACUUUGCAUCACACUGUGAACUGGUUGUCUUCUAUUGUAAAGCGAUUCGAACGCGACUAGAAGAAAAAUCAAUACAUCUUCACGAAGCAAUGAAACAAAUCUUAGAUCUCGGCUCGUCAAUUAGUCAAUUGAAUAGUGCCGCUUCACGAAUGAUGUCGAUAUUGAUCGUUUAUUUUCUUGAACGUACAAUAUUAGGUAUCAUUCUUUUGAUGCUCAAUCAAAUCAAUGAGCCAUUGGUGUAUGUUUAUCGAGCUCUUUAUCCAAUAGUGUGGUUUUCUAUUCUCGUGUUUUGUCUUGGACAAGCAGCAAGAGUGACAUCGAAAUGUGAUAAAUUUCAUCGUAUUAGUCUAUCUAUGCGUGUAUACGGUUAUCGAACGGCAACUUCGACUGAUCUGGAUGGUUUUUUAUUAUUUCUUGCAAAAGCUGAAUUGCGUGCUAAGUUAUUCGGUUUGACUGUUCGUCCCGGUAAAAUCAUCUCCAUCAUUGUAACAACGCUUGUUAUUUGCGUUAUUCUUUUACAAACUAAUAUCAUUCAUACGACGAAUUUUUUCUUUCAAUAG